GAAGUUUUCCAUUUUCAUUCGAAGCAAAUUAAUGCUAGAUUGUGAUCAGAAAGGUAUUAUUUCAUAACCUGUCUUUCUAUCUAGAUUAUUAUUACACGGCACCCGUUCAUUUUAUAUGCUCUGUUUAUUUAACAGAGCUAUAAAUUGUAUUGUAAUUCUUCUGUUGGAACUACAACUACCAAGAUGCGCUGCAGUGAACGCGGGUGUGUAAACACAACUCUAGGAAACAUGAAACGAUCGGGUGGCAGUGAGAGCGAGAAGAGAAGAAAGAGGCGCAGGCUGCUGCAGGAGCUAGGAGACCAGCGCAUCCCCUACCUCGGGCCCUCAGACCAUGGCUUCCAACAGCUGUGGGAGACUAGCUACUCUGGCCUGGCUCUGCGGCGGUCCUGCUCCCUGCCUGAGGAGCUCCAUGGUCGGGUGGAGGCUGCUCUGUUCACCCUGCGGCGGAGGGGCUGUUUCCUGAGGGACCUGGUGAAGGUGAGGGACCGAGACGUCUUCACCGCCGUGUCCCGGGUGCUGCUGGGUCAGCCAGGAACCACCUACCGCUAUCUGGACACGCGCCUCUUCACCAUCCCCUGGCACACAGACGAGCAGAGAGGGACCUGCUGCGACCCAGACCUCAGCGCCGCCUGCAAAGCACUCUGGGAGCUCAACUGCUUCUUUUGCUCUGAUGUGGGAGACAGGAAGGAGGGGGAUGUUUUCAAGCAGUGCAAGAAAGAGUUGGUUGGUGCUAUAGAGUCUAAACCCAGUGUAGAAGGAGACACGGAGUCUAAAGAUAGCGAGGAGUCCAAACCCAGUGACGAUGGAGGAGACUCGGAGUCCAAGCAGAGUGAGGAGGGUGAGACUGAGUCAAAGCACAGCGACGAUUGGGACAUAGAGUCAAAACACAGUGAAGAGGAAGGCCCAUCGUCCAAACAGGAUGCAGCGUGGGAGUCAAGACACGGCGACGAGAUGGGAGACAUGAAGACUAAACAAACUGAAUUGGGGAGUCCAACAGCGUCAAAACAACACAGUGAGGGAAAACACACAGGCUGGAAACACAGGCCAGCUGGCAGCACAGAGACAGAGACCACAGACCUAGGCACUCAGGAGAAGCCUGUGGCUGAGCUAAAACACAGUCUCUCUGGGUACCACAUUGAAGAUGAGGAGGAUGAAGACCAGCAGAGUGGCCAGGGAUGCUCUAACCUCAACCCUGCUAAGACAUCCUGUCCUGGCCCGACCCAGUUCAACGUCACCCUGCUCAACUACAUGGACCCAGCAGCUAUGAGCCAGCUGAAAGAAGAGCCGUAUUAUGGGAUGGGUAAGAUGGCUGUGGGCUGGCACCAUGAUGAGAACCUGGUCAGCUUAUCUCCUGUGGCCGUCUACAGCUACAGCUGUCAUGACGGCGACAAAGCAGGUGUGAGCUCGGAGGAGGGUCCUGCAGAGAAGGGCUGCUGGAGGAUUGGUCUAAAGGUGGCCUGGGACAUCCACACCCCUGGACUGACCCUCCCACUGCAGUCCGGAGACUCCUACUACCUUAGAGAUGACCUGAACAGGACCCAUCAGCACUGUGUUCUGGCUGGAGACUCAGCCCGCUUCAGCUCUACACACAGAGUGGCGGAGUGUUCCACCGGGACCCUGGACUACAUCCAGUCCCGCUGCCGGGAGGCCCUGUCUAACCUGAGCACAGACCCAGAAACAGGGACCCACAGCCUACUGUCCCUGCUGCCAGCUACCCUGCAAGGCUACGAGGAGAUACACAACGAGGUGGAGUUUGAGUGGCUGAGGCAGUACUGGUUCCAGGGCCAGCGUUACACCCGGUUCUGCAGCUGGUGGGCCAGACCCAUGGAGCAGCUGGAGAAUGACUGGAGAGAGAUGGAGCUCAUGACGCAACUCUUACUGGCAGCGGUAGAGGAAGAGGGACAACCGGAGGAGGGCAGGAGAGAGAUGGCAGAGACCCUGCUAACUGCCCUGACAGACAGACAGCAGCACAGACAGACCUGGAGAGACAGGUGCCAUUCCAGCCUGGCCCAGACCCUGCCCCCAGAAGAGGCCCCCGUGGACCGGCCAUUUUGGGCUGACGACGACCCCAGCAUGCCUCUGCCCUUUGACCUGGCCGACAUCAUCAACAGGGUGGAGUCACUCCUCUGGAGGAUGUGACGGAUGGGACACAAAGAAAAGAGAAGGAGAAAGAGAGCGAGAGAGUCACCCCGUCAUCUGAACAGCCUCUAUCGUGAGGACAGACGACAGAGGAGGAGAACAGGACCUACCAACUCCUGAUGGUGUCAACGUCCUCCAAUGGGGGUACACUUCCCCAGACCACCCUGAACUCCACCCAACCCUGUACCUCGCCCCACCCCGCCCAAACCAGUCUCAUCUAUCUUUGCUUGGAUUGACUCAACAUGGCUGCAACAUGGAGGAUGAAACCCUUGUUAGCAUGCUUUGCUAACAUGCUAUAGCUGGUAUUGGAACUAGUCUCACAAUGGUAACAUGGAUAACCUGCAGAAUUAAAACUGAAUGUAUAGGAAUGUAUUAUUUCAAUCAAUGUUCUGUUUCUUUUCUACAUUUAACCAGCUUUGUGUAUGGAUAUGACAAAUAGUCAUACAGAUGAAGGAUCUUCAUUUGACCAGUUUCUCACAGCAGCAACAGGAAAUUACAACAGAUUAUAAUUAAUGGACAUUUUUGCAGGGGUUGAAAUUUCCUGCAACAACAGGGUGAUCAAAUUAAAAUCCUAUAUCUGUAGUACAUUUAUACUUUCUGUUUCUAACUCAAUGUUGUUCUAAUUAUACUGUUGUAUACUAAUGUCCAUUCACUUCCUGUAUUUCACAACUUUCUUGUUCAGAAUCUCCCAUGACUUUGUGUUACUAAGAUUUGUGUGUGUGUGUGUGUGUGUGUGGUUGAAUGUGUGUGGUUGAAUGUGUGCCACUGCAGUAUUUACAGUAUGUGAUAUUGUAUAUGUGUGAAGCAGUAUGAUAGGGAUAGGGCCUGUAGCACGGCUGGGAGAUGUUUGUGUUAGAGAGGAAAGGACAUGAGAGUCUAGUAGGCAGGUCUCUAGUCUGCUCUGUAGGGCUGAAAUCCAGCCCAGGCAGACAGCUACUGUAGGACUGAAAGGCAGCCCAGACAGACAGCUACUGUAGGGCUGAAAGGCAGCCCAGGCAGACAGCUACUGUAGGGCUGAAAGGCAGCCCAGACAGACACCUACUGUAGGACUGAAAGGCAGCCCAGACAGACAGUUUAUGUAGGGCUGAAAGGCAGCACAGGCAGACAGCUACUGUAGGGCUGAAAGGCAGCCCAGACAGACAGUUUAUGUAGGGCUGAAAGGCAGCCCAGGCAGACAGCUACUGUAGGACUGAAAGGCAGCCCAGACAGACAGUUUAUGUAGGGCUGAAAGGCAGCACAGGCAGACAGCUACUGUAGGGCUGAAAGGCAGCCCAGACAGACAGUUUAUGUAGGGCUGAAAGGCAGCCCAGGCAGACAGCUACUGUAGGACUGAAAGGCAGCCCAGACAGACACCUACUGUAGGACUGAAAGGCAGCCCAGACAGACAGUUUAUGUAGGGCUGAAAGGCAGCACAGGCAGACAGCUACUGUAGGGCUGAAAGGCAGCCCAGACAGACAGUUUAUGUAGGGCUGAAAGGCAGCCCAGGCAGACAGCUACUGUAGGACUGAAAGGCAGCCCAGACAGACAGUUUAUGUAGGGCUGAAAGGCAGCCCAGGCAGACAGCUACUGUAGGGCUGAAAGGUAGCCCAGGCAGACAGCUACUGUAGGACUGAAAGGCAGCCCAGACAGACAGUUUAUGUAGGGCUGAAAGGCAGCCCAGACAGACAGCUACUGUAGGGCUGAACGGCAGCCCAGGCAGGCAGUUUGUGUAGGGCUGAAAGGCAGCCCAGGCAGACAGUUUGUGUAGGGCUGAAAGGCAGCCCAGGCAGACAGCUACUGUAGGACUGAAAGGCAGCCCAGGCAGACAGCUACUGUAGGGCUAAAAGGCAGCCCAGGCAGACAGCUACUGUAGGGCUGAAAGGCAGCCCAGGCAGACAGCUAGCUACUGUAGGGCUGAAAGGCAGCCCAGGCAGACAGCUACUGUAGGGCUGAAAGGCAGCCCAGGCAGACAGCUACUGUAGGGCUGAAAGGCAGCCCAGGCAGGCAGUUUGUGUAGGGCUGAAAGGCAGCCCAGACAGACAGCUACUGUAGGGCUGAAAGGCAGCCCAGGCAGGCAGUUUGUGUAGGGCUGAAAGGCAGCCCAGACAGACAGCUACUGUAGGGCUGAAAGGCAGCCCAGGCAGACAGCUACUAUAAUGUGUGGCUGAUAGAAGGAUCCCCAUCCUAACUGCCACUCUGUCUUCAUAAUUGCAGCUGUUCAAUGGCUUUUAAUUAGUCUUAAAACGUGUAGAACACCACUUUCCCUGUAUCGCUGCUCCAGAAACUCAGAUCCACGGCUUCUGACAAAACCAACCAGGAAAGAGAAGCUAUGGGUGGAAAUGUGAUGGUUGUCAAAGCCAAGCAGAGCAAUCUUCUUUUUUAUUUAGUGGUAACACUUUAUUUCAGGGAUCAUCAACUAGAUUCAGCCACGGGACGAAUUACAAAUGAUUUGUAGACUGCAAAUUUACCCCAAGAAGCCCAAACAGAUAUAAUAUUUGACUAAAACGUAAUCAUUUCAAACCUUGCUUACAUUUGUACACAAUUAAUUGUCUCUCUAUUAUGCGUGGGAAUACUUGGGAAUUAUAGAAAAGUUAUUCUUAUUUUAUUUAUUUUUUGCUUAGAAAACCUGGGUGCGAAAUAAAACCAACGCCGGCUACCAGUUGGGCAGCUGCUUUCUUUGACCUGGCCACCAUAAUGCCUUUACAACAAUGUUGUAAACAUGUCAUAACACUUCAUAGCUUGUGUCAUUGUGAUAACUGAAGCUUUAUGGCAUGUGUUGACAAGUUAUGACUCGUGGUAUGAAGCUUUAUAACAUGGUCAGGACAUUUUUAUGAAGGUUAUGAAGAGAUCAUGGUGUUUAGUUCAAAUGAAGUGUUAUCAAUUUCUUUAUACAUCUAUCUAUAUCAACAGGAAGUAGAACUGAUAUAUGGUGUUAAAAAUGUUUGUUUUUUUUACUUCUGGAAGUUUUUCCAAUUUCAAAUGUUAACAGUUGCCAAAAUGUUGUUCUCUUGCUUAAUCUUUUUGUAUGUUGACUGAGGUUGAGAUUGUAGACUGGCUGUAUUGUUGAGUUGAACAACUAUGUGCUCUCUGUUUCACAGCUCAGCUUGUCUGUCUGAAGCUUUAGGAAGGCAGUAAAUAAACCAAGACAGUGUUUUAUGA